AUGGAAAGCAAAGUGUUCACGUUUGUGAAUCCUCAACAUCAUUACCAUCAUCACCUUUAUAAGGAAUAUUAUUAUUUUAAUUUAUUAUUGAAAGAAAAGCAUGAUGCGUUCAUGAAAUUGAUGGAACGUCAUCAUCCGAAUUUUGGUUCUUUAUUAAGAAGAAAUGGAAUAGAAAAUAAUGAUUUAUUAGUGGAUGAUGAUCUUGAAGUGAGGACAGAUAUAAAUUUUACUGAAUUUUAUGAAUUAUUUACAAUUGAAAUGAAUGAAACAAAUUCAUCCAGUUAUGAUGAUGAAUUGAUCAAUUCAAUUACUUGUAUUUCUUUGCGAGAUGAGAAUAAUUGUUCAUCAUUCAUGAGAAGAAGAAGAAUUGAGAACAAGAUUUCUGUGAUCUAUAUGAAAAUUAACUUAAAACAAGAAGUGAUGGAUGAGGGUGUUGUCCUUUUGGUUCAUGAUAUUUUGAAACCUGUCAAGUUGUUUGGAAUUGACACCUUGUCCAUACGAGAUUUUGCAGAAUUUAGAGAAUCUUCCAUCAAAUUUCUCAUCAAUUUUCAGGCAAAUCAAUUUUUGAGUAAUCAUGUAUUAUUUCAAGAAUUUCAAAAUUCCAACAACUGUUUGAAUUUUUCUCCCGACCAAACUUGUUCAUUCAAAGACAUAACACCCAAAAAGUCCAUGAUUUCUUCUCCUCAAAAAGCUCUCAUUUCAAGCACAUCUCCCUUAUCACCCUCUAGCACUGAAGUAAAGUCUUCGAGUGCUCGAACAAAUUCCUCUGUGGGUAAUCAUGGAUAUGUAGAUAUAUCGAUUGAUUGUUUGAACAUUAUCAUUGAGAUCAAACAUAUUCAUUUAGGAUAUGUUUCUUUUUCUCGUGAGGGAUUUCUUGGAAUUGGAGAUGAAUCUCUUGCUGAACGAGUGAGUUUUCAGAAAAGAGAAAAUAAGGAACCUCUUGGAGAUCUUUUGGAUAUCAUUGAUGAGACACCAGCAGCUGUCAUGUGGGAAACAUGGUCAGUGGCCCGACUUGCAAGUGUUUACAAUCAGCAACGCAACGCUUUCCCAGCUGAAUCCUUUAAGUUUUCAAAGCACUCAACCCCUCAAACUUACUAUUUCGAACCUAUUGAAAACAUUCUUAGAGAAGCACAAGAACAAGUUUUGAAAUAUCAACCUUCUAACAAUGAUUUAAGAAGAGUUUUGCUGGUGAGUAUUGGAAGACGAUUGUUUUAUCAAAUUGUGACAAGGAAUACAGAUUGGAGAAAGUUGACUGAAAUUAAAUGCAAUAUUUAG